AUGUCCUUCUCUCAGUUCGGAUACCCCUACAGCACCACUUCACAGUUUUUCGUGCCCGCCAGCCCCAGCACGACCUGCUGCGAGGCUGCCCCCCGCUCCGUGCCGGAUGCCUCCUCGGCGCCGGCCGCCGCCUCCCUCUGCUGCGCCCCGUACGAGAGCCGGCUGCUGGCGCCCGGCCGCGCCGAGCUCAAUGCGGCGCUGGGCAUGUACGGCGCCCCGUACGCCGCCGCCCACGGCUGCGGCAACUACCUGCCCUACAGCGCCGAGCCCGCCGCGCUCUACACCGCGCUGAACCCCCAGUAUGAAAUCAAGGACGGCGCCGGCACGUUGCACUCGGGAAUCGCGCAGCCCGCUGCCUACUACUCCUACGAUCAUUCCUUGGGGCAGUACCAGUACGACAGGUACGGGACAGUGGAUUUCAGUGGUUCGGCCCGACGCAAAAAUGCAACGCGAGAGACGACGAGCACCCUCAAGACCUGGUUGUACGAGCACCGCAAAAACCCCUAUCCCACCAAAGGAGAGAAAAUCAUGCUGGCCAUCAUCACCAAAAUGACCCUGACGCAAGUGUCCACUUGGUUUGCUAACGCCAGACGGAGGCUCAAGAAAGAAAACAAAAUGACCUGGUCUCCCAAGAACAAAGCGGGGGAAGAGAGGAAAGAAGAAACCCCGCGGGAAGAGGAGGAAUACGGUGCGGAGAGCGAAGGCAGAGAGCAGAAGAGCUGCACGGAGGACAAGGAGCUGCGGUUCAGCGACCUGGACGACCUGGAGGAGGAGGAGGAGGCGGGGAAGCCGGAGAAGGGCCGGGCCAGCUCCCUGCAGGAAGCCCCCAGCCUCGGCGCGGCGCUGCCCGAGGCCCCGCGGAGCAACUGCAGCCUGCCCGGCCCCUUCCGCGCCCUUCCCUGCGCCAAGGCCCCCGCCGCGGACUUCUCCCCCGCCGCCCUGGCCGGCCCGCCGCCGCCGCCGCCCUACGCGCCCGCGGAGAAGCCGCGCAUCUGGUCGCUGGCGCGCACCGCCGGGGCCAGCGCGGCGCGCCGGGGCAGCCCCGAGGGCCGCGGCGCGGAGGGAGGCGGCGGCGCGGCGGGGCAGCAGCCCCUGCCCGCCAAGGCCUUCCGGAACUCCGCUUUCAACCUGCAGCCGCUCCCGCGGAGCUGCGCGUCCCACCGCGGCCUGGGGGAGCCGUGCCAGUACGCGGCGGCGGGCGAAGGCUUCGGGCGGGGCGCCAAGGGCGGCCCGGGAGGCGCCGAGCUGGGCGGGACCUGCCUGGACAGGCUACGGACGGCGUUCCGGCCGGUGCUGCGGAGGUGAGGGCCGCCCGCCCCUUCCUGAGCGCUGGCGAUGGAGCUCCGGCUGCAGCGAGGCUCUCGGCUUGAAACAACGAAAGAAACCUCUCCCCGGCCCGGCGAUGACCUCCCCGCCCCGCAGGCACGGCCCGCGGCUCUGCCUUCCCUGCCCUCGCCGGGGAAACGUCCCGCCGCGGCACAACGUGCUGCUCACAUGGGGGCUGAGGGGCGCGGCGGGCGGAGCGGCCGCGCCUGCGGGAGCGGCGCGCCCCCCCCCCGCCGCCCGCUUGCCAUUUGUUCAACAGCCCUCAUUAACGUCU